UAAAAAAAACGACUUAGGCUAUACUUGCCAGUUACUGUUUUAGCAUAAAGCAGAACUGAGAUUUGUAUGUUAAUACGUAUCGUAUCUAUAUAUGGGCUGUGGUAAACAAGGAAAUUCAUAAAAUUGAAAAACUGGAUCUUUACUCAUGGCUGCACUGUACAAAAGGUUUAUGAAAGUUUGCCAAUUCUGGCCGGACAGCACACGCUGUGCACUAGGAGGCAUCAUACGUGGUAAAGUUGAAAGUGGUUUCAAACACGGCGAAUCAACUCACUUACAAGACCGUGAACAUUGCGAAAGAACUCUACAAUCUUUAGAGAAAAUUACAAGCGAUUACUACAAGCAAAAGUAUCCCAGAAAAUCGGAAACUUCAUACUCAGGCUUGGACCUUUCAACACUAACCAAGGGCAUGGACGAAAUGCACAAAAACUCAAAAUACCAAUUAAAAAAAUUGCAGAAAAAGAAAUAUGAUAUUGAAACUGAAACAAAAUGAAUUUUCUCAAAUUCAACCUGUUUUAUGUUUGUUGUUUAGUGUCUACUUCUUUAUUUCUGUAAUGUCAUGCUUGAUUGGGAAAAAUGUUAAAAAAUAUGUAUUGUUUUUCACAAAAAUGUGUGGUAUUUUUUCUAAAAUUCCAUACAUUUCUUUGUAAUCAACAAUGUUGUAUCAACACAUGAUUCAUAUUCCCUGUUUCUUUAAGCUAUAGUGUGGGGAUAGCAAAUUGAAUAUGAAUACAAGUAUAUGCUUUGGUCAUUCCACAAGUGAUGUCAUUGAACAUUUCUCAUCUCAUUUACUUUCCACUAUCUCUGCAACCAUCUUCAAGCUUUUGGAAAGAACUCAAUUGCUUAAACAACUCUACAUGUUCCGACCACUGACUGAUGUUAUGGAAUGGAAAGUUGUAACGACUGAGAACAGCGAGGAUAUUAACAAAGCACUGUCGUGCUUGGAUGAUUUUGUUCGCCAGUUCCGCUUGGACAGCCGAGCUGCUGCGUUAGAAAUGCUCAUGUUUGCAAGCUCCGGAAAUAUGGCCGAUGCCGUCACACAAACAAAUUUUCCUCCAGUGGCUUGUGUGUUGGGCAGUGAGUUGGAGGGAAAUGUGGAAGAAGGUACUGAAUUACCUGGUGAUCAGUUCAACAAAAUUCACCUGGUUGUUCACAAUGAGAAUAGUGUUCAUACCAACUUCUCCCCUCAAGAAAAAUCGACAAAAUGUGAAAAGAAACCAAAAUGGCUGUGCAAUGUUUGUAACAAGGAAUUUAAAUGUCAAUCUGCUUUAACAACUCAUGUUCGAAUCCAUACUGGAGAAAAACCAUUUGUUUGUGAGACGUGUGGUGCUUCGUUUGUGCAAAAGCAAUCACUCAUAUUUCAUCGCAAGACACACAAACAUAAAGAACACACAUGUGAAACUUGUGGAUUGACUUUUACUUUGUUGCGAGGGUUACGGGAACACUUGCGUACCCAUACCGGCGAUCGCCCCUUUGUUUGUGACGUGUGUGGGCGCGCCUAUCUACGCCGUACCAACCUACGUGAUCAUCAGACCACUCAUUCAGGAGAGAAAAGAUACAAAUGCCAAUACUGCGGGAAAAUGUUCCGAAAAUGGUGCAGCAAACAAAAACACGAACGAAUUCACGACAGCGAGCGACCAUUCCCGUGCUCGCUUUGUUCGAAAACUUUUACUCAGAAAUAUAACCUUAAAGUACAUAUGCGCACGCACGAAAAAUGCGAUUCCAGCUCCAAGUUGAAAGCGGAAUCCCCCGUGUUAUGAACCUACGUCAUUUGCGUUUAAACUUACCUCAUUCAUAACCUCUGUAUCACAUUUUCCGGCAUAAACUUUCCCACCCGAGGGCCUGCUAAUUUUAAGCAGUAGAUGAUUGAGAUUAAAUGUUUAGUGUCUAUGACGCACAUUCUUUGCAGCUUUUUAUAUUUUCGUGUAUAUAUAUAAUACUGUGUGUAUAUAUAUAAUAAGAUGGGAUACCGUUAGCACCUAAAACCUAUAUUUUCUGAUCGUGUUUUUAAAUAUUAACAACGCUCUUUUAGAGUCGCCGGGCUACAGCUAUAGAGUUUUAUAAACUUAUUUUUUGUUUUCUACCAAAUGGGUCAAGAAAGAAAAAAAAUGAAAACAUGUCCCAUCUGACCCCACCCUGUUAUAUAUCAACGGCAAUCAUAUUCCAUUGGUCUUCGUCCCAGUUUUAUGUUGUGCAAUCUUAGCCGACCAAAACACAAAUUUGCGUCAAGCGAAA